UGCGCAAACAGAUGCACUUGUGCAUGCUGAUGCACUUAUAACACGGGAAGUAGUUACGGCACGCUCUAUGUAUAGUUAAAAACUUGAAACUGUGGUUCACAGCUGUCGGGCUUACUAUAUACACUUUUCGUAUAAAAAGUUUGUUUCGUGAUGAUGAGAAUAGUAUACUUCUUGGCAUAAUCAUUAAUUAGUGUGGUAACAGACUUUAGUGUGAGGAUUUGUAAGUCAAGCAGGCGACUGUUGUCCAAGAAGCUCUGAAAAGUGUUUAUUGCCUUCUGUUGCGUUUUUACAUUACUGGGACUGAGAGAUAUCAUAUCAUGGCGAAUAAAUGCUUGGAAAGCAAAGAAUGUUGUGUUGCUUUCAUCUUGGGAAUCGUCGUACUUGUUGUUAUGGACAUCGCAAAAUUUUGCGUUGGUGCCGGCUAUUAUAGAGAUGAACAUACAAAUAAGAGCAAAGUCUGUGCACAAAUGGAGCAUAUUCCACUGUACCUCAUCCUUAGCGCAAGAGCACCGUGGUAUUUCUACAAAGUUAUUUCUGCUAAAGGAAUUGUGUGCGCCUUCUUGUUUAUUGCAUUUGUCCUGUUUUACUUCGUCUGGCUUAUCAUCGGUAGCGUUUGGAUCUAUCCUAACUGCAAGGCAAUUCUUGUUAAUGAAACAGAUCCUUCCUGUAACAAAUCUUUAAUGGUAUUUGCGGCUUCCGCAGUAACUGUGGACUGGAUAAGUGCUAUUUGGGUGACCUGUCUUCUUUGUGCCUUGUUGUGUAACAAAUAGAGUAUAUUACACGAGUGUCUUUUCAUAUUGAAUUUAUCAAACGAGUUGAAGAAAAUGAUAAAAUGCGAGGUUCUGCCGAUUAUUUUAUCAAUUUUAUUCAACAAGUUUAACAAAUUCAAUGUGAAAGUCACAAAUGUAACAUUCUUUUUAUCACAUGUUAGCUUUUCCUGCCGAAACAUAAAUAAAUUUUAUUUUCUUUAACUAUUUUAAACAGGUCAAUUUGACCAACGUCCCCUGUACUAACAAUUUUACCGACUUCAAAGCUUUAUUAGGCCUACACGUGUGUAUUAUCAAAUUUAUAUAAUGGCUUAAUUUUCAACCCGCGACGUCAAACAUGUGAUAAAGAAUUUUAAUACCAGCAUGUAAAUAGCUGUGCCGAUAUUCAAAAUUCGCUUAUACUCAUUUCUUUUUGCGCGCGUGUGCGUGCGUUUGUGUGCGUUUGUGUACGUGCGUCCGUGUUUGUGCGCGUGCGGAGGUGGAGUAUUUUCAUAUUGUUACUAGAAAGCACUAGCCCGAAUUUCGAAUAUUUUCACUUGUUAAUGUAUCAACGUAGUGCUCUGCUCGACACGUUGCUGUACAAGACAAGAUCACGAGUUGAGGGGUUACGAGUUAAACUCCUGGAUGCGGCGUAUGCUCUCCUUCAUGUAUCACAAAACGUUUUUCGUAGACAUAUGGAGAAGUUGAUAACUUUCUCGGGGGAAUGCUUGUAAGCUUAACUGAUCACCGUUGAAUUACUGUUGAAAACGAGGUAACUGCUUUUGUAUAUGAGACAUAACAGAGGACGUGGUCAACAAAUGCUGCCUUCAACUUAGUUAGGCAGCUUUUUUUCGUUUGUUUCUAUUUCCUCAAAAAAUGGAAGAGUAUGAAUUUUGAAUUCAGAAGAAAUUAAAUUGAUUCAAUUUAUUUAUGUAUAUAUUGGUAAAAUAUGCAUACAAUGUUUCUAGAUUAUCUGUACUGACGUGAAUAUUAUAUAAAUUUGAUAGGUAUGUUCUUCA